AUGUCUGCUUCAGUCACUUCGAGUAGUUUACAGUCCUCAGGGACGAACUCACCGAAGAGUGCGUCUCCUCCACGUACAUCUUCCUGGCCUAGUCCUGCUUCGUCUAUAAAGGGACCUGAUCCAGCCGUCAUGGUUGGGUACAGCUGUCGUGUUGCUGGAGCGGACCGCCCAAGUAAGCUGUGGGACAAUAUAAAUGCGCAGGUCGAUAUGCGCAAGGAGAUCCCCGCCGAUCGAUUCAACAUCAAUAACUUCUACCAUCCGGAUGGCACCCACAAGGGCACUACCAAUUGCAAGUAUGGGUAUUUCCUCGACCAGGACAUCGGCAUGUUUGACCGCAGCUUUUUUCGCAUCUCUCCCAAGGAGGCCGAGGCAAUGGACCCACAGCAAAGACUGCUGCUCGAAGUCGUCUAUGAAGCGCUGGAGAAUGCCAGAAUCCCACUGGAGGAUAUCUGGGGCACCCGUACCUCAGUCUUCUGCGGCUCAUUCAGCAAUGACUACAAUGCCAUGACCACGAAGGACCUGGAAUACUAUCCAAAGUACGCCGUGACCAGGACUGGGAAUGCAAUACUCGCCAACCGCAUCUCCUACCUCUUUAACCUCCAGGGACCGAGCGUCACCAUCGACACGGCGUGCUCCUCAUCUCUGGUGUCGUUCCACCUCGGUGCGGAGACUAUACGCGAUGGCGAGAGUGAUGUAUCCAUCAUCGUUGGGUCUGCACUACACUUCGACCCAAACAUCUUUAUCAUGAUGACUGACCUUGGCAUGUUGUCACCAGAAGGACGGUGUCGUGCCUUUGAUGCCCGUGGUCAAGGAUAUGUUCGUGGCGAAGGUAUCUGCGCCGUCGUUCUCAAGCGUCAAAGCCAGGCAGAGCUGAAUGGUGAUCGCAUCCAUGCCGUGGUGCGUGCGUCGUCUGUCAACCAUGAUGGCACUAAAUCUGGUAUUACACUUCCUUCGAGCACUAGCCAGGAGGCUCUGAUCCGAGCCACGUACGCGAAAGCCGGCCUCGACCCAGCGCAUACACCCUAUGUUGAAGCUCAUGGCACCGGCACUGCUCGUGGUGACCCAGCCGAAAUGAGAGCCCUGCAAGCUGUCUUUAGCCCCGCGCAUCGCAAAGAUCCACUGUUGGUAGGCUCUGUGAAAACAAAUAUCGGACACACCGAGGGAGCGUCAGGCCUUGCGGGUGUCAUCAAAUCAGCCAUGGCGUUGGAACGCGGAAUCAUACCCCCCAAUAUGCUCUUCAAAUAUCCAAACCCCGAGAUAAAAUUCGAGGAGUGGAAGGUGCAGGUGCCCACGGAAGCUACCGAAUUUCCAAACUGCCCCGAUGGUACACGGCGUGCUAGUAUUAACUCCUUUGGCUAUGGCGGAGCGAAUGCUCACGUUAUUCUGGAAGCAUAUCAACCCAUGCCGCUACUGACACCUCCCCCGGUUCUCCCAGAUACCUUUCUCUCGGCCGUCAAGAACCGCCCAUUUUUGAUCCCUCUCACUUCACAUACGGAGAAGGCAGGCAGCAUCUGGGCCGACAAACUGGGCAGCUACGUGAAGGAGCAACCGGGUAAUGUAGCGGACCUGGCAUGUAGCCUCUCUUCGCGCCGCUCGAUCCACGCGUACCGCUCCUUUGUUGUUGGCAAGUCUCGCGCAGCAAUCGCUGAGCAGCUUGAAUGCCCGGCACCAUGGGCAAAGGCUGCCGAGACACCUCGCCCGAGAUUAGGAUUCGUCUUUACUGGACAGGGUGCGCAGUGGUUUGCGAUGGGACGCCAGCUGAUUCAACACUCGCCCUUGUUCCGGCAGACAUUGCAGCGCUGUGACAGAACACUGCACGCUUUGCCAGAUGGGCCAGAAUGGUCUAUCAUCGAAGAACUUUCUCGCACUGAGGAGCAUUCGCGAUUGACCGAGACCCGUCUCUCGCAGCCCAUCUGCACGGCGCUCCAAUUGGCUAUCGUUGACCUCCUACGCAGUUGGGGGAUUGAGCCGACCUCUGCUGUUGGUCACUCGUCGGGUGAAAUUGGUAGUGCAUACGCAACGGGUAUCUUGUCAUUUGACAACGCACUGUAUGCCGCCUACUACCGAGGUUUGCAUAUGUCCAGUGGAGGAAGAGGAUGCGCAAGUACUGAUGGCGCCAUGUUGGCUGUGGGGCGUGGACCAACAGAAUUGAACAAGGAGCUGAAGGCGUAUGAAGGCCAGAUCAGCCUUGCAGCGGUCAACAGCCCGUCUAGUGUCACCCUUUCGGGAGAUGCGUUGGCCAUCGACGCGCUACAGAGUCAGCUAGAAGAGCAGAGGGUGUUCACGCGGCGGCUUCAGGUGGCCCAGGCUUUCCAUUCCCACCAUAUGUAUCCUCUAGCACCUGCUUAUACUGAAGCGCUUAAGAACUGUUCAGGCUUCAGCGCUAGUGACUCAAAGGCACGGAUGUUCUCCAGUGUCACCGGGCGCCUCGCAGAUCCUAGCCGGAUGGGCCCUGAGUACUGGGCUGCGAACAUGACCGGCUGUGUUCGAUUCUGGGAUGCUCUAGUGGGGAUUCUGAUGAAUGAAGAAGAGGAGCAAAAUGUGGAUAUCUUGGUGGAGAUCGGUCCGCAUCCAGCAUUGCGCGGUCCUUCUCGACAGAUCAUGAAAUCUCUUGGUAUGGACCUACCUUACAUGGGAUCGUUGGCACGUCAGACGGCGGACUUUGACGCCCUUUUGACGUUGGCCGGACAGCUCUUCCAGCACGGAUACCCAGUAAAUCUGGAUGCGGUCAACAGCGACCAAUUCCUUGUUGAGCCAGAUAUCCCCUGCCAGGCACCAAACGGCAAAUUCCUUGAGGAUAUUCCCACAUAUGCUUGGGACCACGAGCGUUACUGGGCGGAAACCCGGCUGAUCCGUGAGCACCGGCUGCGGCCUCACCGACAUACCUUGCUAGGCGCUAAGCUACCGGGCUGUGUGGAGCAGCGGCCUAUUUGGCGCAAUUACCUUCGCAUUAAGGAUAUUGCUUGGCUGGCAGACCAUGUCAUAGAUGGGAAGAUUCUCUUUCCCGCGGCUGGUUAUAUCAGUAUGGCGAUUGAAGCCAUGUGCAAUGUGGGUGACCUCGGUGCUACCCCUGACAGUAGUAUCCUGCUCCGUAACAUAACUAUUAGCUCCCCCCUGGUUUUGGACAACAGUGAUAUGGGAACGGAGGUUCUUGUAGAGCUGCAUGCUCCUAUGACCUCUGCAAAAUCCCGCUCUGGGACGUGGUACGAAUUCACAAUCUUCUCGUAUCAGGCCCGCCAAGGAUGCGUUGAGCACUGCACUGGCCAGGUCUGCUUUGGCGACGAGCCACAGGAAUCGAAAGCCUACGAUAGUGUUCAUCAGCUCCUAAGCAAGAGCACUAGCAGCACUCCAGCUAGUACAUACUACCGGCAUCUGACGGAGUUUGGAUUGGCGUACGGCAUUCCAUUUCAGCUUCUUUCCGGUCUUAUUGAAUCGGGACCCGGCUUUGCAGUCGGAACACUGACAUUUGAGCCGUUAAAAUAUGCCACUCAAGCGGCAGAUGUCACCGUAGCACAUCCUACCUUGCUUGACGCCUCCUUUCACACGAUCUUCCCGGCUUUGGAAGCAACAUUGCAACGGCCACUCGAUGAAGCAUCGGUGCCUACAUUCGUGCAAUCUGUUCAAGUUCAUCCAGCGAUGUUUGUGGUCAAGGAUUCAACAGACACUCAACGGGUAACCACUCGUACCUACACCACUCCCACAGGUCCCCAUUAG